AACUCAAAAGGAUCUUUGUCAGCCAACCUUGCUUCUAACGGAUCUCACAACCAUUUGGAAUCAGCUCGAGAGUCGGUGGACAUCGUUGUUGUUAAUGACGAAGAGGAGGAAGAGUGCAGUAGUGAAUGUGAAAUAGUCAGCGUUAGUUCAGAUAUUGAUGAACAAGAAAUGAAGUGGCGAAAUGUCACUCGAAUGAAUGCACUCAUUUCUGCUGGAUAUGAUAAUCCACGCCUUUUAUUAACUCGCAUUUUCGGCAUCAGUUCGAGCAUGCUUCCCUCAGAUGCUAGCAGUAUGUGGGGAAUUCUCUUCUCAUUAUUAUCGGAAACGACCAGUCGAAAACGAUUGAAGCAGUUCUCUACGUUGGAGUCAGUCGUCCAACUUCUCAGGGAUAGUUCUCGGAUUCUGGUUCUUACCGGUGCUGGCAUCUCUGUGUCAUGUGGGAUACCUGAUUUCAGAUCGAGGAAUGGUGUUUACGCUCGUUUGGCACGUGACUUUCCAAAUCUUCGAAGUCCUCAAGAUAUGUUUGACUUGCAGUUUUUCCUGCGUGACCCAAAUCCCUUUUUCACUUUCGCGAAGGAACUUUUUCCUGGCCAUUUUAAACCAUCCUAUGCCCAUCGCUUUAUCAGACUGCUUGAAAGAAAGUCCAAACUUCUACGCAACUAUACACAAAACAUUGAUACACUGGAGCAGGUCGCUGGAAUUGAGAACAUCGUCCAGUGCCAUGGCAAGCUAGUUUUUCAUUCAGGCAUUUACUGUUCAUUUGCCACUGCAAGCUGUGUGAGCUGCAGUUACAAGGUCCGUGGAGAAGAUAUACGUGAGGCAAUAAUGGCCCAACGAAUUCCACACUGCCCUCAAUGCCGUCCUGACGUUGGCCUAAAGGGCGCAACCUCAGUGACCGGAGUCGGCCCCACCGACGUAAACACCGCCUCCACCGCGUCUUCCCCUCUUUCAUCCGUCUAUGGAGUGAUGAAGCCGGACAUUGUGUUCUUCGGCGAAGGUCUGCCUACAGAGUUUCAUGAAUAUUUGCAUCAGGAUUUACGUGAAGUUGAUCUCGUUGUGGUUAUGGGAUCCUCGCUGAAAGUUAGACCGGUUUCCCACAUACCAGAUUCCGUUCCCGGUAAAGUGCCCCAAAUCCUUAUCAAUCGUGAGUCUCUUUCGCAUCAUAACUUUGAUACUGAGCUUCUCGGCGACUGCGAUGUGAUCCUUCAAUACCUCUGCCGACAGCUGGGUUGGAAUGUCGAUGAGGACUCCGAUGUCGCAUCCUCUGCCCCUCAAGACACCUCUUCUCCAACCAAAGUGGAUGUGACCGUACCUCUAUCCGCUGCUGUCUCUGCACUGUCCCAGGAAGCCAACGUUUCAUCGCCCCAUUUGAGUGGUGGUGAUGGUGACAAGUCAACCACAUCAAAAUGUCCAAAAGCUUCGUGUGGUUUGGUGGCGGGCACAUCUGCAGUCAUGGCGUCGGAUGAGACAAAUUUCACAGCACAAGAGGCUACGGGUUCUUCUGCAGGAUUACAGCCUUCGGUAACAGAGUCAGAAGGAAUCGAUAUUUCAGACGAUAUAAAAUCAACUUUGGAUGGAACCUCAGAGCGCCCUAUUGAUGUGGAUGACUUUGAUUUCUACAGUAAUUCUGAUUCGGAAUCUAGUUCUUCGUUCUCCGAAGAUGGCAAAGUUGCUUUCAAUCUGUCAGAAUACUUGCCCGAGAACAGUUUUACAAGUCUCCCACCGAAUAUGUACAUUUUCAAGGGUGCAGAGUUUUCAUUGUCCUUGGAGGAAGCCAGCGAAUGUCUGCAAGAGCAGCAACAGCAGAGUAGAAAUUCACCCACUGCUGUGGCGGAGUCCAUAUCAUCACAGUCUUCUAGUGAAGAUGAUAGAUUUAUGCAGCAACUAUUGCGUCGUUGCGAACUUGACUCUGAGCUUCAACGGCAUCGUGCAAACGCAGUAACUGCGAGCACGGAAGUGGAGGUGAUUGAUUGCGACUCUCCACUGGACGAUCGGAUCAAAGAGGAGGGCAAUACACCAUCGCCGUCAGCUGUUGGGGACAAUGCCGAUUGUAAUGGACGGGAAAAAAAGAAAACACCUCCGUCCACGAAUGGUAAUCCACCCGAUUCUAAACGAAGGCGUCGCAGUGACGAGGAGAAUAAAGACGUAUAA